GGAAGGGGGCAAGGAGAUCGGUGCAUUAUACACCGAACACUUUCCUAACAGAGGCAGCUGAUCCUGCCCAGACAGGUGGGACGGGAGAUGGGUGCAGGCAUUUUUAGCAUACCACUGCGACUGUCACAAUGGAUUUUGUAGUUGGACCAGUCCCUUUUCCCCAGAAGCGUCCUUACCGCCCUCAUAGGUCUACAAGGCACUCCACAUUUGCUGAGUGCUCCAGGCACCUGGCACAGGUGAGCUGUGACAACCCCUGUGUAAUGUGACCGGACCUGCUGGGCUUCUCUUUCUUCCUGCCUCCCUUGAAUUACACUGAGCGAUACUUCCAGGAAUUUUGCAGCGGCCCCGAAGCCUUUGUUCUUUCUUCAGAAUAAGGAAGUGGGAGAGGUGGCUUGGUGGGAAGGAGACUUCUUUGAGUUCUGUGAAAUGAACUCAAAUCUGAAGCUGUCAGACUUUUCAAAAGACCCAGUGGCUAGUCACUCCACAUUUCGUAGAUAAAUACCGUGUUGACAGCUCAAGUUAUCUGAAGCUCUGUGUGAAAGGGGAACCAACUUUUCUCUCUGGGAACAAGUACUCUCACGUUUCGGUCUGGUGUGCAAACUAACGUGUGUUUGUUUCAUUUACAUUUGUGUCAUCCACACGGACCCUUCAAUGUUACAAGUCAGUCACCGCUAGGUUCCUUCUGCCAUACCCCAAGAGGGUGAUGCUUUUUUGCCUCUUCCCAUAGCCUCCACAGACUCGGUGGUAUAUAACACCAUGGGAAACUGGCUGAUUUAAUCCGGGGAACACGUACCUCACCAGCCUUUUUUCUUUUUCUUUUUCUUUUUUUCUCCUUUCUUUUUUCUUUCUUUCCUUUUUUUUUUUUUUUUUUUUUUUUUUUUUUUUUUUUUUUUUUGCAGCUGAUAAUCUGCUUAACACGUGUUACAAGUGCAUUUUUUUCUUAUCUGUGUCUGCAUGCCCAGAGGUAGAAACAACACUGACAAGCAAAAAGAGGGGCAAAGAAACAAAAAAAAACCCGAGGGGCAGAGGUCCUCAACCUUGUGGUUUCCCCGGGGCGGCUAGCAGGUCGCGGGGCUCCCCGGAGGGCAAAGUGGGAGCAUUUACUCUGCCAGGUGAGGGGUGGGGGGGGAGGCUGGGAAGAGAAGGGAGAUGGUAUCGGAAUAGAUUGGAUCGGAGGCGGGCGGGGUGAAGCCGGGGAGACUCAGCCCCGGCGAAAAGGACCCGUCCUUCCAAUGCAGUAGGUAAUUUGCAACGAUCCGCCACUCGCAUUCCGUAUGCAAAUGAGGAGGGCCUCUGGGCGGGGCGGAGCGCGGCCGGGAUUCAGCACCGAGGGUCGGAAGAGCACGCCGAGCCCGGGGAGCAUCGCUUCUUCUCCGGCCGGCGCCCCGGAGGAGGGACGCCGCUAUCCGGGAGACAGUAGAUGAGGCUUGAAGCGCUCACGCCCCGCUGCGAAGCUGUCGAAAUCCCAGACUGCGAAGAGCCGUCAGUUCAGCCUCUUCGCGCGCGAGGUUUCAGGGGCCGGUCAUUUCUCCAUCCCUGGAGAGAGAUCCCUUCUCCAAGGAAGUGAAAAUAAUGAACUUUUGGAGGUAUUGCUGUUUUGCUUUCAUCCUGCUCUGUGUGGUUAUUUUGGUGAUCCUCUAUAGUAGCCAGUUAAACGUGCCAAAGAGUUUCGGGAAGGUGAACAGUUCCAGUCCAAGGUAUUCUCCAGUGCAAGCCUGUGAUGACGCCUUAGGAGCUAAGUCAGCUUUUCUGUGGGGGAAGACCUUACCAUCCCCUUUGGGAAGCGUCCCUUGUAAGGACUACCUGAUCCAGAAUCACUACAUCACAAGACCCCUGUCGGAAGAAGAAGUCGCUUUCCCUUUGGCUUAUGUCAUGGUCAUCCAUAAGGACUUUGACACUUUUGAAAGGCUCUUCAGGGCUAUCUAUAUGCCCCAAAACGUCUACUGUGUUCAUGUGGAUGAGAAAGCCCCGGCUGAGUUUAAGGAAUCUGUAUGGCGGUUACUGAGUUGCUUCCAAAACGCUUUUGUCGCGUCAAAGAUAGAACCUGUGGUCUACGCAGGCAUUUCCAGGCUCCAGGCUGACCUGAACUGCCUAAAAGAUCUUGCGGCCUCCAAGGUCCCAUGGAGGUACGCCAUCAACACGUGUGGGCAAGAUUUCCCCCUGAAAACCAACAAGGAGAUAGUCCGGUAUCUGAAAGGAUUUAAAGGGAAAAACAUUACCCCGGGGGUACUGCCUCCGGAUCACGCAAUUAAACGGACUAAGUAUGUCCACCAGGAGCACAUAGGCAAGGAUGGCUCUUUUGUGAAAAAUACUAAUAUUUUGAAAACCUCGCCUCCACAUCAGCUGACCAUCUACUUUGGCACUGCCUAUGUGGCCCUUACGAGAGAGUUUGUCAACUUUGUCUUCCAUGACAAAAGGGCCAUUGAUCUACUACACUGGUCAAAAGAUACUUACAGCCCCGACGAACAUUUCUGGGUGACACUUAACAGGAUUCCAGGUGUCCCGGGCUCCAUGCCAAAUGCGUCGUGGACCGGUAACCUCAGGGCUAUAAAGUGGAUGGACAUGGAAGAUAAACACGGAGGCUGCCAUGGCCGCUACGUACACGGCAUUUGUAUCUAUGGAAACGGGGACUUGAAGUGGUUGAUCAAUUCGCCCAGCCUCUUUGCUAACAAGUUUGAGCUGACUACGUACCCCCUCACUGUGGAAUGCCUGGAACUGAGGCUUCGAGAAAGAACCCUGAAUCAGAGCGAAACCGUGAUCCAGCCCAGCUGGUACUUCUGAGCCACUCUAACCCGUGAUCGGAGGGCAGCCGCGGCCUUUUCUUCGUGAGAGAACCCGGCCCCGCUUACGGUAACGGUUGUAGCCGCGAGGUCACGGCUGCAGGACCUGGCCGGGUUAUUAUGUGUUACAACCCCCGCCGGGCACUGGGAACUGUGCAAUCAGGAGGGCUGCGCAGGUCGAUGCUGGCACGUUCGGCAUCCUGGCCUUCUCUUAACGGUCAUUCCACGUCGGGCUCGUGAUCGGAUCCCUGGCCAGUGGAACUGGCGUCAGACCUUUGCACCAGAUACUCAUCAGAGAGAGAUGCUCUCACGGAAAGGAGAGCUAUAGAUAAUACUGUUUAGGAAAAUAGGAACUGUGUUUCCCCGGAGAAGGAAUCUCUUAUGCCAGACCCAUAGCCACGCGUUCAUGGAUACCCCUCCUCUUUGCUCAGCGGCCCCCCGGGCAUAGAAACAGCUUCCUGGGCACCUCAGCAAUCUCCUUUAAAACCUGAGCUGCUAGAAUGGAGAACUAGAUCGUGUUUCCUGAGUUUCAACACGAGCACAGUGAGCUUACCGUGUCUGAAGGUCUGUACAGAAUGUAAAGUCGUUAACAAGAGUCGGGAUAUGCUAUCAGACAGCAGUCACUGGCGGCUGCUUCGGCAAAGGGACCCCAGGGAAACAGGACCUUUCUUGUGGGUCAGAAUGUACUCUGGUCCCUCUUCCAUUGUUUUCCAUGGCGAAUGCUAAAAAGUUCCCACAGAAGGAAGAUAUUUCUAGAACUGAGGUGCUGUUGCAUGGCUCUCUUCCCAAGUCUCUAACCCUCAGGAAUGAAUCACUCGCCUCUUGGAUCACCACCCUCCACCCCCCACCAAAGUGAUCUUACCUGCAAAAUGGAAUCCAGACUCUAUGCCGAGACACUUUAAGGACUCCAGAGUAUUUUCUGAGUAGCUUUACAAUGCUUGGUGCUGAUAAGAGUGCCUAGAUUUUUAAGAGCUUUCAGCUGUGAGUGAGCUUCUCUGUCGCUUAUCCCUUGUCCCGUUCUCUUACCCAAUUCGUUCCCUCAGCACACAGUAAAUAUUUCUUGAGCGUCUGUUACACACCAGAUAUGUGCUUGAGACAGGGAGAAAAGUAAGACAGAAGCUACUUGCGUCUGAAAUUCUUGAUAAUAGCAUCCAUGUGGGGAAGGCUGCUCUAGAGAAUCUCACAGAUUGCUUGUAUUUUAACGCAUUCACAUCCAGGGUCGUAGUUUGGGCUGUCCGGCCAGGGAUCUGAGUAGUCAGAAAUGAGGGUCUAAAUCAGAGACCAUUCCAAAGAAAGAAGGGAAGGAAUAGACCGAAGCUGAGGCCUGUUAACAGGCUCAUUGCAUUAAAACCUUACAAACACUCUUGGGAGGCUCACACGAUUACCCCCAUUUUGCAGAUAAAUUAAGCAAGGCUUAGAGAGGUUGUUGAUAAGCAUUAGGAAACAAGUUCUCUGAGGAUUGGGAUGUUCUUAUUGGUCUUCUUAGUUCAGUUUCCUGAGAAGGUGAAAUAAAGCCGUAGUUAGUAUACCAGAGAGGGUAGGUUUUAAGAGCAGUGUCAGUGUUAAUACGAGAAAAUGUCCUAUCACGUCAGAAAAAUGUGAAGUCUACUUUUGUAUUCCUACAUCCAUUGAGUUCCUUAAUAUUUAUUUAUUCUCACCAAAAAAAAAAGUUAACUACAGCUAAUGAUACCCUUAACACGGUUUUGCCUUUUUUCCUCUCACUGUGUCUGUUGAAUGUUCGUUGUAUUUAAGGGAAUGCCUUUGAAGUAAAGCCUUAUUUUUGUCCAGCUACUGAAAAAGACAGAACUGUGCAAAGUGGUAAAGGGUUGAAGCAUAAGGAACCCAUCUGGAGCUAAUGAGUCUAAAAAUCAUCUUUUCUUUCAACUUCUUUAAAUGACCCCACCUGAGAAGAA